CGAAAGGUAUGAAAACGUAUUGGGUUUUCAUCGAUACUGGUCUGUGGACGACACUAUCAUUGCAACUGAAGUGUCAGGCCUUAAGACAAUAUUUGCGGCCAAUGAGGAGGAAAGUAUCAAACUGGCAGUUGUAGAGCCCGGACCCGGAGCUAAACGCUCGCAAAUACAAGAGUUCCUCGAGUAUAACUACGGACCCGGUGUCCAACACAUUGCCUUAUAUACCAAUGAUAUUUGUGAUACUGUGACCAAACUUAAAAACAGAGGAGUGGAGUUUCUGUCGACUCCCGACACAUAUUACAAACGUCUGUCCGAACGACUCAAAUGCGAUGAUGUGGUGAAGCAUGAGAUCUCAAAACUGGAGGAAUUGAAUAUUUUGGUCGAUUACGACGAGAAGGGAUAUCUGUUGCAGAUAUUCACCAGACCUUUGGACGACAGGCCGACGCUCUUCAUGGAGAUCAUCGAAAGACACAAUUAUAACGGUUUCGGCGCCGGAAAUAUUAAGGCUCUUUUCGAGGCCAUUGAAGCUCAACAGCUAUUGCGGGGAAAUCUAUAGACAUUUAAGAGAGACAACGACUGGAUAUUAUUGUUUUAAUUUGUCAUUGAUUUGAUAUUUUACUAUUUUUUACGAACAGAAUAUCAUAUUUUACAC